AAUAAAUCUCGGAACCUAGGCAAACUUGUAAUUGUGGAAAAAAACCAAAACUCUGAAGGGCUGACCUACGUUUGUUUACACUUUCCACAGAGAUCAGCUAGAGAUUUGAGUGUCCCAUCUAUGAUCCAUCCUUUGAUUGAUCAUGGCCGAAUUACCCGCCAUCGGUCGGCACUGCGAAAAGACGGACUGUCAUCAAUUGGACUUUCUGCCAGUAAAGUGCGCGCAUUGCGCUUUACAGUUCUGCCGUGAUCAUGCCUUCAUGGAGGCCCACGCGUGUGUCCAGGCUCCCUUGAAUAGACCAUCCCCUUAUGAAGCCCCUGCCUGCGGCCCCUCGGCCCCCCUGUAUCCGUGCUCCCUAGUAGAUUGCACCAACCAAGAACUAGUUCCCAUCCAAUGUCCGGAUUGCCAGCUUCAAAUCUGUCUCAAGCAUCGCCAUGCCACGGAUCACGGGUGCAGCAAAUACCAGGCACCCCAAGCCACCAUGGUACAAACGCAAGCCUUGGUCCAAGGCAUUUUGCAAAAUAAGGCUUCCACCCUGACUGGACCCACCCGAAGCCCGCGCAAUUUGAAGGCUCAAAAAUUAGCGGCCAAAGUGCAACUAAUGAAGCUCAAGAUGAAAUCCCAGGGUGUGAAAUCGGUCCCUGUCGAGGACAGACUGCAUUUCAAAGUGAUCUGGCCACUAGCGAAAAGCCAGCCUCCGGUGGGCGUGUUUGUGAGUCAGCAAUGGAGCUUGGGUCGGGUUAUCGAUGCUGUGGCCGAGGUGGGUGGAGUGGAUAACCAAAACAACGUGGAUAAAGCACCCAAGUUAAGAUUAUUUCGCUUCCAAGAUGGCACCAAUCUAUCAAGUUUGCUGGAGCUGGCUCAACCCGUGGGCGAGCUCCUGGCCCAAGAACACGUGUUCAACGGCGAUACCGUGAUAUUGGAGAGGAAAACGGGCUCUGACAUGGAUGUUGAAUGUAUUGAUCCUAAAGCCUAUUUAGCUCACAAGUAAAGAGAGGAAACACGAUUGGAGAGUACAUAACAAGGAAGUGGAUGGAUGUUCCUGGUGAAAGGACAUCUGAGGAUUCAUUUGACUUGGGCAGCGUGAAACUCGCGUAAAGCUUGCCAUUGCUGGUGGUGGAGUAGAACAUGGGGUCGUUUUAGUUUCAUGCAUUCCACGGCUUGUUCGGGCGUCCAGUUGUGUUUGGCCAUGAGAUAGCAUCCCACGAGCGUGGCACUACGCGUUCGCCCGGCUUUACAAUGCACAUAGACACUAUCGCCACUGGGGGCAAUCUCGUUGAUGAACUCCACUCCCCGUACUAGUUUCUCUUGACAAGGGGCCUCGAAAAUGUCCGUGGUAGGAAGACAUAAAAAUUUCACGCCUAGUUUAUGCCAUUCAGCCUCCUGAUUAGACAGCCAAGCCAACUCAUACGACUCGUUCAUGGACACGACGCCUCUGACUCGUUCUUCGGAAAUGAUCUGCAAUGUGUGUGAAAAAUAUUCAUAGUGCACUGUAUAUACGGCGGGGUUGACAUCCCUUUACCCUUUUGGUAGUCUGGCCUCGAAAAGGUAAGGCUCCCAAAACCACGGUCGAGUCGAUACGAUCCCACCAAUUUCGUCUGGUGAACUUUUCCAUCGCCACAUUGUAGGCCAAUGUAGGUAGGAACGUGACUCGGGCGAACAUCCUGACGGCGAUGCGGGCCAAACCCAACUGAAUGUCACCCAUAAUCGCUCAACCUAUCCAACCAAGACGAGGAAUGGAUUUCAGGUAAAAACACAAACCACCUCAGUCAGCACAGGCGACGUGUUCAAAGGGCUCUUCGUUGCUCCGCACGCUCCGCACGCUCCGCACGCUCCGCACGCUCCGCACGCUUGAUGGAUUUCCAGAUUUCGGUGCUAACCCGUGUGCACUGGCACGGCUGGCACGUUGUGUUUACUUCUUGCUCGGGUGAAGACGGAAACCCUGUUGGCCAACAAAACAUGGACAGGGUUUCCAAACCAGUUGCCAAAGUUGAGAAAUUUCUCACCCGGAUUUCGCCUUACUCCCUUAUAUGUCAUUCUUGAGAUGGUACAUAUUGUUUCUCGUCCCUUUGGCGAUUUGGGGACAUGGAAUUGAGCUUUCAGAGAGAAAUACUACAUUUUUUUCUAGUGGAUAAUAUAUUGGUCGGAACCCUGUCCGUGGCCAUCAGGGUGGUCGUGAAGGUCAGAUCUGAAUUGACAAGCCUUUGUAUUACAAUGAACCCGAUGUAAUAGG